AUGGAAACAAUACUGCAAGCAUCAGCAAUUGGGGAUAUAGAAACAAUUAAACGUAUGUUGCAAGAUGUAGAAGAUAUUAAUCUUGUUGGUCUUGUUGAUGCUAACGGCAACAAUGCUCUGAUACUAGCCACACUAAAAGGACAUGAAGAAAUAACGGAGUUACUCAUACAGAAUGGAGCUUAUGUUGAUCACGCUAAUGUAGAGGGCAUGGAUGCUUUAAUGUUUGCAUCACAAAAUGGAUAUGAGAAAACGUUUAAGUUACUCUUACCGAGACUUCAAAAUCCUUCAAAGCUGUACUUAAUGGAUGUGGUAUUUUUAGCUUUUGAGAAUGGACAUACACGCAUUCUAGAAAUAUUAUCCAAUUUUGUUGAAGAGAGAUACAAAAGAUUCCAGAUUUUGAUAGCUUGCUCAAGAACACUUCAGCUAUAA